AUGGAGAUGAGCAGCAGAAACAACAGUGUGCUCACAGUCAACAAUCAAGUGAUGGAGAUGAGCAGCAGAAACAACAAUGUGCUCACAGUCAACAAUCAAGUGAUGGGGAUGAGCAGCAGAAACAACAAUGUGCUCACAGUUAACAAUAAAGUGAUGGGGAUGAGCAUCAGAAACAACAGUGUGCUUAUAGUCAACAAUCAAGUGAUGGAGAUGAGCAGCAGUUCCCGAAGGCACUCCAUGUCUACAGCUGCCAGUCUUCUCAUAAUAUCUAUGAGUUGUGAUGUUUCAGAUAAUGCUGCCAUCCACUUCUGUGAGACAAAUGUUCCAGAAAUUGUUGAUGUCUAUGGUCUGAAUGGUCAAAUACAACACAAAGUGGCCUUUCUGAGAGCUCAUGUGCCAAAAGAUGUAAAGCAGAUACUCACUGGCCAUUCCAUAGGCUGCUAUAUUUCUCUUCGGCUCAUGAAGCAUGUUCCUGAGCUGCCUGUCAUCCACACCUUCCUGCUGCUUCCCACUAUUGAGCAGAUGUCUGAGACACCCAAAGGCAGGAUUGCCACUCCACUUUUGUGCUGGCUUCGAUAUGUGCUCUAUGCUGCCAGCUACUUAGUCUUUAAGCCCUGUCCUGAAAUAAUAAAGUCCUUCAUAGCCACAAAAGCCCUUGAAAGACUGAACUUUACCUGUGAAAUUCCUGUGAAGAGUGCUCUUCAACCAUUCUGCCUGGCUAAUGCUGCCUACCUUAGGAGUCAAGAAAUGGUACAGAAGAGACUAUGAUAAAAUCGUAAAGGAACAUUAACUAAGCUGACAUUUUACUAUGGUAAAACAGAUAGCUGGUGUCCAGUAAAGUACUAUGAAGACAUGAAGAAAGAUUUUCCCGAAGGCGAUAUCCGACUCUGUGAGAAAGGAAUAUCACAUGCUUUUGUCCUUAGCUUUAACCAGGAGGUGGCUACCAUAGUUGCUGACUGGAUGAAUAAUAAGCUGCCCAAAAUAUAAGCACUGGCUCAGGGAAAAUGCACCUGCAGCCAGUUCAUGGAGGCUGUAGGUGUGCUCUGCUUAGGGGUGGAUGUUUAAUCCUAAAGCUUGAAAAGGAAACGUGAGACCCUCUUGGCUGACAGACCACCAGCUCCCAUCUCCCUGUGCUUAGACUAAAGUGAUCACAGUUGACUCUUUCCACGUGUUCCCUGACUCGGGAAACAGUCAUCUCCACAGAGAUUCCUCUUUUUACAAGAAGCCCAACAGCACUGUACAGUGAAGUUUGCCCAACGGAUCCU